GUGGGCAGCUACAGGGGCAAACAAAGCCUUAUUGCCUGUGGAACAUUAGUGCAGGGUGAGAGAUAGGAGGUGAGGAGACUGGGGGGGAGACUAAGGGCUCAGUAGAUGCUGCUGCAUGGGAGUAUUAAUGUGAGAAUAAGUUAGUGUAAGGCUGAAAGCUCUUGUUUAGCUCUGAGAGGGGAGUGUGGGUGCCUCAUUGGGGUGUGUAGGGUGGGGGCAUCACAUUGGGUCUGAUACACAGACUGACGUUGGCCGGAGACCCCCGUGCUUUGGCGGCUGAGUAUCUGGAGAGGGUGCCGGGCACAGCAGCGCCAGGAUGUGGUUCAUCUAUAUACUCAGCUGGCUCUCCUUGUUUGUUCAGGUGGCCUUUGUCACUCUGGCGAUUGCUGCUGGGCUGUACUACUUGGCAGAGCUGAUAGAGGAAUACACAGUAGCCACCAGCCGUAUAAUAAAGUACAUGAUAUGGUUUUCUACAGGGGUGCUCAUCUGCCUCUAUUUGUUUGAGAAAUUCCCAACCAUUAUGAUUGGAGUCGGGCUUUUCACUAAUGUAGUGUACUUUGGGCUGCUGCAAACGUUUCCUUUCAUAAUGCUGACAUCCCCCAACUUCAUAUUAUCCUGCGUUCUCGUGGUGCUGAAUCACUACUUGGCUUUUCAAUACUUCGCUGAGGAAUAUUAUCCAUUCUCAGAGGUCCUGGCUUAUUUCACCUUCUGUCUGUGGCUCAUCCCAUUUUCCUUCUUUGUUUCCUUGUCCGCUGGAGAGAACGUUCUGCCCUCCACAAUUCAGCAAGGUGAUGAUGUUGUGUCCAACUAUUUUACCAAGGGCAAGAGAGGAAAGCGCUCAGGAAUCCUAGUUAUCUUCUCUUUCAUCAAGGAGGCCAUCUUGCCGAGCCGGCAGAAGAUCUACUGAGCCUAAUAAAUCCUGUGACAACUGACUGUGCUGAAUCACUUUAAAUGGCAGCAAAAACAAGAUGGAACCCGGGUUUGCACAGAGCAGAAAGCUGUUGCCCAAAGGGCAACACGAGAUCGACAGACGUAUUUCUGGAUAGGUUACCGGGAUAGGUUUCUCCAGCUGUGAUUGGAUGGACUGCAUUCUCCAGCUCUGAUUGGAUAUCCAGUCACUGACUUGUCCCUCUGAUAAUUUUAAAGCAACCAGUGUGCGCUACCAUGUUAACUCGCAGGACUUAACCUUGUAUAAACAUCGAACAGUUGAACGUUCUACCAAUAGGAAAUACAAAAUAAAAUGUCAGCAGUAGCCUUUCAUACUAAAAGCGAAAUAAACCCCAAGUUCUGCAUUAAUUUUAUCACAGCUGAUGUAGUGCCAAUAGAGAAGUCUAUAUUUUCAUGACUGUGUAUGGCAGAUUGGCUUGUAAAUCCUCCAGCUGUGCACAGAUUACAGAUACAUGGUAUUAUCAGGGCUCUCCUUGGGGGGGUUGGAUGCUGCCAAUAAUUGUGCUCUAGCCCUAUUAAAUACAUUUUUUCUUAUA